ACCAUUUUCCGGACACAAGGGAAUAUGAUACGGAUGUCUGUUAUUUGUGUACGUUGGUAUCCAACUUUCGUACCAGUGUUUGUGGGUGUUUGGUUUUUUAUUUUAUUUAGCAUCGUCUAUAGAGCACAAUUUCCAUACAAACACGUUUCUAUACAAAAAAGGAUUUCGGAAACAUUCGUUUUCGAUAUUGAAUAUGAUUCAACAAAACAUUCUGAUAAUACUAUUUUCCACGUGGAGCCAUGGAAUUACGAUUACGAUUCGGACGACGAAUUGUUGACAACUCCAUCAUCACUGAAAGUAGCAUCAACUCGAACAUAUUCAGUCUCGACAUCGGCUAAAAUAACAGCAUCAUCUUCUACGGAAAGGUCAAGUGCGCUGCCACCUAAAGAACCUACUGAACUAACAACUAAAUUCCAGGGAAGGACUUUUCAGAAAAUAGCGACUCUGGAAAUUUAUGAUUCAAAGUUUACAGACGAAUUUGACCACGGUGUGUCUCGUGACAUACUGGACCUACUGCCUGUUCGGACUCACAUUUUAGACAUGUCAAUCCCUGAAAAAGAUGUGAAAUAUAACGCUGGACGAAUUUUCCAUCAACUGAAUCACGUGUCAAUAAAGUAUAACUCCGCCAAUGUCAAGGUUGUUUAUCUCUCAGGAAAGCAAGGUUUUUGGCACCAUCCGCCAGGGAUGGCGGCGUUUGAGCAGUGUCGUAUAAAGGCAUGUAAGAUAACAUACGAUACAAAACAUGGAGCUGACGCUGACGCAGUUGUGUUUAGUAACCCUGGGCAACUUCCACGGAUACCUCCAUUUCCGAGGAAGUCUCCGAAUCAAGUAUGGGCGGUAUCUAUGAUUGAGUGCCCAAUGAAUUCUAGGACGCUGAAAAAGUACAACGGACUUUUUAAUUGGACCAUGACUUAUCGAACUGAUUCAGUGAUAGAAACACCGUAUUUCAAAUACCAGAAAUAUAAGGACGUUUACACUAAGACAAACAUUACGACAAAUUACGCCAAUAGGAAGACAAAAAAGGUUGCUUGGUUAGUUUCUAAUUGCAUGAUGACAAGAAGUGGGAGGAUGGCUUACGCUAAAAAACUUGCCAAAUAUAUUGAAGUAGAUAUCUAUGGUGCAUGCGGAACAAAACGCUGCCCCCAGAUAGAGGAUGAAAAAUGUAUGCGCAUGCUCGAGACUGAUUACAAGUUUUACUUGGCAUUCGAAAACACCAAAUGUCUGGAUUACGUCACCGAAAAAGCCGUCAAGGCGUUAAAAAACAAAGUAAUACCAAUAGUGCUAGGCGCCCCGAAGGCAACAUAUCAGUCGAUACUACCAAGCGGAUCUUUCAUUCAUGUAGAGGACUUCCGGUCUCCUGAGGAACUUGCGCAGUAUUUACACAAAUUGGACAAAAACGAUACUUUGUAUAAUGAGUACUUCCGUUGGCGGGAGGAGGGCGAGUUCAUUGAAACAAAGCCAUGGUGUCGACUGUGUGGGCUUCUGCAUGAACCCCUCCUGCCCCCCGUGUGGUACAAUGACAUUGAACAGUGGUGGCGACCAAAGGAUGUUUGUAUCGGUAAAUCGGAUUGGGCGGAUACAUUGUCAUGACGGUGAAAUCAAUAAAAAUAAAACCUGACCCUGUCAUGAAAUUUACGUACUAUAAGUAUGUUCCAAGCAUCACUACGUGUAAUUCACAGCAGAACAGAUUGAUAGUAUCGUCUUUCUCCAAGCAAAGGAAGAAGGAGGAAUGGUCGACAUGUCAAGCUGACAAACAUGAAGCUUACCAAUCCGGGGGUUGGGAUCCCAAAUCUCAAUCACUAGGAGUGAUUUUUCGGAUACGUUUAUCCACCAACUUUGCAGUUUGCAGUCCCCGUCCUAGAAUGAAGGCAAGCUUAACACGGUGACCUGGAAGUAGGACCUGCUUUAGGAUGAUACAAUACAUCUAAUAUGAAAGAUUUUUGUAAUUUAUGAUACGCAAACCCGAUGAAUGGUUCAGUGUACACAUUUACUUGUUUGUCUAGUGGGGCUACAUGUUUCUUGCUAAUUUUGUGUCUCUGCCACAAACAACCCGCUACACUAUUGACUAUUUUUGCUCAGUCCCGACAUGUUUCUAUGGUGUUUAGUAACAGUAAUUGGUAGGAGGAAAGCUGCAAUGUUUCCGUUUGUGUGAGGGAUUAAGCCUGGGGAGUAAAAAUCAAAAGAGGGAAAUCUCAGCCCUCGGGGUAAGAUUAACUGACGUAUAGCUUUGUCCGACGUCUCGGGUUUAUAUAGAUGAAUUUACCCGUUGUGUGGAGAUUUACCUGUCUUAAUUUCAAUGUGAGGAAAGGGAACCUCGAUAAUUCAUUCACCCUUUUUACAAGCAAAAGUGGCUGGUUUAGGAGACAACUCGAUUACUGGGACAGUUUUUACAGGAAAAAACAUACUUAUGUAUCCAAAAAUAUGACAACCGGAUAAGUGGUGGCUGGAUGAUCGAGGUUCGACUUUAGAUCUAUACACGUGAUUUUAAGAGCAAAGUUAACGUUAUUCAAAGUCUUGUUAGUUUGACAAGUCUUUAACAAAGUAUUAAAAUCCUGACGUUAAGCUAACCAUACAUUGAACAACUUGGCCUAUAUUGUAUUAUUAUUAUUUAUUUAUUGUUGAAAAUGAUUUAUUUUAAAUAAAUCUGCUGUGUUGAAACAGUUAUUUAUUUGUUGCUUUUAGACUGAAAAACACCAAUUAGAAAAUAAA